GGACCGGAAGAAUUGUUUGAGACCAUCUCGCAGGCCCUCAUAUCAUCAGUAGACCGUGAUUGUUUAAGUGGUUGGGGAGGACAUGUUUAUGUUGUUACUCCAACUGAAGUGACAGAGAAGAUCUUGAAGGGAAGGAUGGACUAG